AUGAGUGACGGGAAAUAUGCUUUCCCGAACGAUGCCCGAGAGCAGGAGCGACUGGACACAGUCAACUACGUUUGGAUGUUGACUCUGGACGGAGACUUUUGCUUGUGUCCGAAAAAUGAUAUCAGCGCCAAACGGGUUCUCGACAUCGGCACAGGUACGGGCGUUUGGGCCCUCGACUACGCUGAUGCCCACCCAGAGACAUCAGUUCAAGGCGUUGACCUCAGUCCCAUCCAAUCAACCUACGUGCCUCCUAACUGCUACUUUGAGGUUGACGACCUCGAAAAGGAAUGGACGUGGUCGACACCCUUCGAUUUCAUCUUCUGUCGCGAUAUGAACGGCAGCUUUGCUGAUUGGGAGGGCGUCAUUGCUCAAGCAUACAAAAAUUUGGAACCAGGCGGCUACCUCGAGAUUCAAGACAGCAUCUGGCCACCCGUCUGUGACGAUGGCACCCUCAAAGAAGACUCUGCCCUGUACAAGUGGAGCCACCUCUUGGUCGAAGCCUGCGACAUAAUUAGACGACCAAUCAACCAGACGAACAAAAGACCUGCUAUGAUGGAAGCCGCAGGCUUUGAGGAGAUCAAAACCACGCGUGUUAGAUUUCCAAUUUCCCCUUGGCCGAAGGACCAGAAGCUCAAGGAGGUUGGCACUGCCAACCAGGUACAGCUUGUUCAUGGUCUCGAGGCGCUUACUCUUGGCCUAUUCACUCGCGUCCUGGACUGGACUAAAGAAGAGGCGAUGGUCAUGUGUCUCGAGGUGCGCAAGGAUCUUAAGAAUCUCAAAAUUCAUGCUUACUGGAAUGGUUAUGUCGUUUACGGUCGUAAGCCGCUAAGCUCCGAGGAUAAAUAG